UCCAGUGCUUCUUCAGGACAAUCUGUGGCUGUACCUCCUGUCAAGCCAGUGAAUACUGUAACUAUCCUGAAGCCAUCAAGUUUGGGAGCAUUAUCUACUCCCUCAAAUGACUCCAAUCUCAAAGCAGAGACCACAGUAGCUGCUCAGACUAGUCUUUCUCCGAUAGUGCUGGAAAAUGUGAAAAAAUGCAAAAACUUCCUUUCAAUGUUAAUAAAACUAGCAUGUAGUGGAUCACAGUCCCCAGAAAUGGGACAGAAUGUGAAGAAGCUGGUGGAACAACUUUUGGAUGCAGAAAUUGAAGCAGAAGAAUUUACUAGGAAAUUAUAUACUGAACUCAAGUGUGCACCUCAGCCACACCUUGUACCUUUUCUUAAGAAGAGUGUGGUUACCUUAAGACAGCUUCUCCCUAAUUCCCAGAGCUUCAUUGAGAACUGUGUUCAGGAAAUCUCUGGUGAGGUGGUCAUUGCCUCUUGUACCACAACAGCAACAACUUCUCCUGUGGUGACAAGUCCCGUUUCCCCAGUCCUUGUCUCUGGAGCAACAGCACCCAGAACACUGUCUGUUCAGACCCUGAAUCCACUUUCUGGUCCAGGAGGAACAAACACCGGAGUUGUGACACUGCAUUCUGUGGCCCCAGCUGCUGUAACAGGAGGUACAACACCUGCAACUGUUUUGCUCCAGACUUCAAAACCUCUUACAACAUCAGUACCAAAUACAGUGACAGCAGUAUCCAUUCAUCCUGAGAAGCCAGUUGUGUCUGGGGCAGCAGUUACACUGGCCUUGCCAUCAGUAACUUUUGGAGAAACUUCAGCUGCACCUGUUUGUCUUCCAUCUGUGAAGCCUGCCAUUACCUCUCCUGGGACCAAACCUGAUAAACCCGUCAUUGGCACUCCAGUCCAGAUCAAACUUGCACAGCCAGGCCCCCUCCUUCCACAGUCACCUGGCAUUCCACAGGCCGUCCAAGUCAAGCAACUAGUAGUCCAACAGCAGCCUUCAGGAGGCAAUGCAAAUCAAGUGACCACCAUUUCCCAUUCGUCGUCAUUGACCACUCAGAAAUGUGGGCCGAAGAUGCCAGUGAAUACUGUAGUGCCUACUACUUCCAUCAUAAAGCAAAUUAGUCUGCCUGGAAAUAAACUCUCGCUUCAAGCUCAAACAUCUUCUAUUCCGAACAAUAAAAUAAAAGAGAAUGGAGCACCAUGCUUCAGAGGUGAAGAUGACAUCAAUGAUGUGACUUGCAUGGCAGAUGUCAACCUUGAUGAAGAAAACGCCUGCAUCUUAGCAACACAUUCUGAAUUUGUUGGCACACUCAUUCAGUCAUGUAAAGAAGAACCAUUCCUUUUCAUUGGAGCUUUACAAAAGAAAAUUUUAGAUAUUGGUAAAAAGCAUGACAUUACAGAACUUAACUCUGAUGCUGUGAACUUGAUCUCCCAUGCAACACAAGAGAGAUUACGAGGCCUUCUUGAGAAACUGACUACAAUUGCUCAGCAUCGAAUGACUGUUUACAAGGGAAGUGAAAAUUACAUCUUGUCUAAUGACACCAGAUCACAGCUCAAAUUUCUUGAAAAGCUAGAUCAAUUGGAGAAACAGAGGAAGGAUCUAGAAGAAAGAGAGAUGUUACUAAGAGCAGCCAAGAGCCGUUCCAAUAAAGAAGAUCCAGAACAGCUGAGAUUAAAGCAGAAAGCCAAAGAGUUGCAGCAAUUGGAGCUCGCCCAGAUCCAAUACAGAGAUGCUAAUCUCACAGCUCUUGCAGCUAUUGGACCACGGAAGAAGAGACCACUAGAAUCAGGAAAUGAGGGCUUCAAAGAUAACCCUUCUGCUUCUGGGACAUCCAGCCUAACAGCCACCAAACCAUUGCUUCGUCCAAGAAUCACAAGAAUCUGCCUCAGGGACUUGAUAUUCUGUAUGGAGCAGGAAAGAGAAAUGAAGUAUUCUCGAGCCCUAUACCUUGCCCUUCUAAAGUGAUCACUCACUGCAUCCAUCCAUCCAUAUCCAUCCAUCCAUCUGCUCACUGUUUACUGCCAAAGAAGAUAUAGAGAGCACUGUUGUCCUGUCCUGAAAUUUACUCUGGAAAAUAGUCACCAGUAUGGAAGACCUCUGUUUACACUGACAAGUUUUUUUUUUUUUUUUCCUACAUCUUGUCUGUAUGUCCUGUGGGUUCUUGCAGAUGAGAAUUCAGAUGCUUCCUGAAAGUCAGUACCAAGUAUACUUUAUAUAUAGAAGUAUCACCUUCCCACCUGCAUUACAGCAGCUAUGGGCUCCCUCUUACCACUUUCGUUUUCUGUUUUCUUUUCUACACCAUAGCAAUAAGGUGCUUCCCUCUGAUACAGGCUGCAUCUAGAUGUAGGAGAAAGGGAGAGUCAGAAUGUAUCUUAUACUGAACCUGUCUCCUAGUGUUAGAUUUUAUGCCUGCAAUUAGAAGUUAAUUAGCUAAUUGUGACAGUUACCUUCUGGAAUUGAAGUGUGACAAACCACACAGUAGGGUCAGUUUCAACUUGUGUUAGUUGAGCUAGAAUUACAAAUAGAGUGGAUGGGACCAUUUGUGCCUGAGGUUGCUGACUCUGGCUCCCCACACUGCACUGUUUCUGAUACCUAGUAAGGGGAAUCCUUGUUAGCUAAGUUUUAAAACUGAAAUUGCUACUCAUAUACCUCACUGAAAAAUGUAAAAACUAGAAAGUACUGGAAGGGAUAUGAGGAGGCCUUAUAUUCAAAUUGACAGGGGAAAAAUGAAAACAGCAUUAUGAAACAGAUUUGUGUACUGUGUGCCCAGGGAGGGUGGCUGCACUUGGAAUGCCAAAGCUGGUCCUUGUUUUGGUGAUGGAAAAAGAAAAUUAUUGAUCAACCAAAGAAGAAAACCUGACAAACAUUUAGUUAUAGUAUUUCAGAAGAGGACAGUUUGUUUUUGUAUUAUUUUAAUUUCCAAGAUGGAGUUUGUUCUUUCUUUUGUAAAGAAUCUCCCUUUUACCCUAUGUUUUAAAAUGGAGUUCUUUCUUUCUUUUGUAAAGAAUCUCCCAUUUACCCUAUGUUUUAAGCAUCUAGUGCUUUUCAAAACUUCUAACUGCUAGCAAAAAUAUUCUAGGACACCCUUCAGAUUGUCUACUUAGAGGUGCUUUCAGUGUCUCACCCUUAGGGAAGUGGCUCUAAAUGUGAGCAACACAUUAUGCACCACUCUCUGAGGAGUAAGCUGAUAUUUAAAGUACCCCCCCCCCAGUUUUUAGAAUCUGCCUGUGUAGAUCAUAAUUGAAAAAAAUAAUAGUGGACUGCAUUUGUGCUCUCCCAUUAAAAAAAAAAAUAGUGGAAUUGAAAUUGCAUAUCGAAAGAAUGCCACACCCUCCCAGAAGCUAAUUACAGGAAAAUGCUAGAGGAAGGAUUCAGGGGAAACACCUCUAGUAUAUCACUCUCCAUCCUGUUCUUCCCAUGGGGUCUGUUAAACCCAGAUUCUAUUACUGUUGUUAAGAGUUUAAUUAGCCACAGUUUUUGUUUUAGCAAGUUAUGUAAAAUGCCGUAAAUUGUGUAUAUGUUAAAAAAAGUAACUUAACAAGAAAUCUAUACCCAAAGUUGUUUGUAUAUUUAAAUGCUUAGCUUUAUUUUUUGUAAAGUGCAGUAUGCUCCCACAUUUGUGUAAUCUUGUUGGUCAGAUGUUUAAAAUUAUUUCAAAUACACCAUUAAAAUAAUUAUUUUAUGAUUAAAAAAAGCAGCAAAACACAAAACUUUGCUCAGUCACUGACUUUGUAGCAGUUUCAUUAAUAGCCAGUCCCUGGAGGACUCGGAUCUGCCUGGCAGUGAGUCUCUUAUUUAUUUUGGACUGUGGACAUUUGGUUCUGGAAUCUCACUUAGAUCUAAGUUGCUUUAUCACUUCCUUUGCAAUAGUUGUAAAUUUGCCUGCUAUUUGACUCACAAAGAAAGCUAAACAUGGUUAUUAUGAGAGCUUUUCUUGGUCCAUUGAGUUUCUUAACAAGAUACUCUUUUUUCAAAAUUUUUGAUAUAAAAUCUUUUUGUGAUAUACACAAUGUGUGGUUUAUGUGUGGAUAGCUUCCUCUCACCUCUCUAUCUUACAUUUGAAAACAAGGUCUCACUGAGUCUGGAGCUCACUGUGGCCAGCAGCUGCCCUGGAUCUUCCUGUCCCCACCUCUGAGCUCUGGGAUUUCAGUACCAGCAUGGCUUUUUACAUGGGUGCUGGGACUCCACACUUGGGACCUUAUGGUCACACAGCAGGCACUCCAACCACGAAACCAGUUCCUGAGCCUUUAAGUUUGGAAACCUGUGGUGCAGAGUGUGUAUUACACAAAGAAAAAUGUUUAUGUACAAGAUAUUCUUCCUCACAGUUGGCAAAAUAGAGGCUUUGGGGUAGAUUUGGAUUCAAGAUGUGUUUUUCUUUAAUACACAAUAUUAGUGAGUGUUGAAUUUUUUUUUUAUGUGAGUGCUGUGGAUCCAACUCAGGUUGUCAAGUUUGUAUAGCCACACUUUUACCCACUGAGUCGCCUCCCUAGCCUCAAUAGUCUUUUUUUCAAAAGAAACAUUGACAAUAUUUUUCUAUUUUGUGUGUAUCCAUUUAUGUUUAUAGGCAUGAACAUGUGGAGGUGAGAGAACAGCUUGCAGGAAUUAGUCGUCUUUAUUAUGUGGGACUGGAGAUCACUUCAGGUCAUCAGGCUUGGCAGCAAGUGUCCUUAACCUGCUGAGCCAUUUCAGUGACCCAAUAAGUACUUUUGAAACCUAUAAAACUCUCCAAACUUAUGAUGCAUGACUCUUUUGUAUCAUUAGAAUUUUUGUCAAGAGAAAUUUAUUUAGAACUAAGACUUUAUACUAGUGAUGUCAUGGUUCCAGCAGAAAACACAGCAAUCAAUGUUAAGGCAUAAUUUUUAGGAAAGUAACAGAACCCAAGGUUCUGAUUGCACUGAUUUGGACUUUAUCACUUUGUCUGUUGUAGAAUGAAUCAGUUAAGUGUGUCUACAAAUUUGCCCUCAAAAGUUAUAAUUAUAUUCUACAGAGGGAAAAUUGUGUCACAUGUCUGAAUAUAACCUAGUGGAGAGUUUUUACAUUGUACCAUUCGCCUUGUGAUACUCUGUCUCAUUUGUCAAUGUCAGAGACAGUCUUCUGGGAAAACUUGUGAGGGGUUAUGUUGAUUAAGUUUAUUGCCUAGUCUGCAGCACACAUAGUUUGUCUCAUAGGUUUAAGCUGGCUCCACUCUACAGCAAGUCCUUGGUGGAUGUCCCAUGGUACUGUCAUCCCCAAAUACUGGGGUCUCUGCAACUAGCCUGUAUCUUUGCCAGUAGCCUCCAAUGGCCUCUCCUUAAGGACUCUAACGCUGCCACAUAGUGCCAGGCCUCAACUUCUCUCCAUGAGCCCUUCUAUCCUGGGUCUCUACAGCAACUAAGUCUGUAACUUCACCAAUGGAAUCUCCUCAGGAACUGUAGCCCUCCCACACAGUACCAAGACUCAACUGCUCUCCAUGAACACUUCACACCUUUAAAACCAGUACCACCUGAGUGACUCUUAUACUAUCAACAUCAGCUAACAGCACAUGAUACAUCCCUGGAUGCCUCUGGGACACAGCUUCUGUGUGCUGACCCAGAGGAAACAGUUCCAGAAGAUUUCACCUCUAUGAUGCCAGUCUUUUCUUAAUCACUGCUGAUAUCUCAGCUUCAGUUGGCCAGUAUCAAUUGUCACAGCAAAACAAAGGUUUCACACUUGUGGCUCUGGUCUCUUACUAAUCACAGACAAUUCUGUUGGCUAGUUCUGUGUGAACGGGACACAAGCUAGAGUCCUUUUUAGAAGAGGGAACCCCAAUUCAGAAAAUUCCCCUACCAGGUUUGCCUGUGGGUAAGCCUGUGGUGCACUUUCUUGAUUGAUGAUGUGGAACAGUUCAGCUCUCUAGGUGGUGCCACCACUGGGGUGGUAGCCCUGAGUGCUGUAAGAACACAUGCUGAGCAGGUCAGUAAACAACACUCCUCCAUGGCCUCUGCUUCAGUUCCUGCCUCUGGUUCCUGUCCUAUUCCUGCCUUCAGUAAUGGAUUGUGUGAUGUGGAAGUGUAAACUGAAAUAAACCCUUUCCUCCUCAAGUUA